AUGUCAAUUCGUGGAGCUGCCAAAGAAUUGAAAAUACCCCCAUGUACUGCUCAAACAUGGUAUACGAAAGAUCAAAAAAGCAUAGAGAGUGGAGAAGAUCUAUACUUGAGAAAACCAGGAAAUGAAAGACCAGUUGGAAGACCUUUGACAAUAAACUCAGAACAAAAGAAAUAUCUCAUAAACCUUAUUGACCAAAAGCCAGGUAUUGUUUUGGAUGAGAUGAUGGAUGGACUUACUAGUCAGUUCACAAACUUAGACAUAUCGAGAUCUUCCCUUUAUAAAUACGUCGCCGCUCACUGUGGUAUGUCAGUGAAGAGAGCUCUUUUCCGACCUGCAGAGCGCAACAGUGAUACAAAGAUAGAGGCUAGAUUUCAAUGGGUUACCGAACUUCUGAAGACUGAUAUAGAUUACAUAACCGAUUGUGUUUUCAUCAAUGAGUCGGGCUUCAACAUCGACAUGAAACGUAGUAUGGCAUGGGCACCAGUGGGCGAGACUCCAAUAGUGGAAAUUCCCAAAACGAGAGCGACAUCUCAUACUACCAUAGGGGCAAUAUCACCCUUGGGUGUAAUUAACGUGCAAUUGAAGGUUUCUAAAGUUGUUGUUGCCUCAAAUUCAAAGAAGAGAAAAGGACCAGGUGGAGCUAUAAAAAAACCGGAGAAAGAGAAAGGGAAAGGUGGGACGUGCGUGAAUAAUUUCGAAACACUCUGUAUAUCUCGUAUUGUGAACGGAAAAAUCAUUAGACAAACACAAGGAAAGGCCUCCUGA